AAUUCAAAAUUUUCUGUGCUCGAAAAUGUCCGAAAUUCGCUAACAACAAAAAUGCAAAACCCCAGAAAAUGGACAUCAGUACCCACGUUUCGGAAUUGUCAUUAAGGGCGCUACUUUCUAUUGUGUAUUUCUGGCUAAACCAGCAACAGCCAUUCAUCCGAUUCAUAGAAGAAGAAGAAUUGUGGAUGUACCGAUAUCCGUCUGUGCCUUCUAUAAUACCAAAAUGGAGCCUCUAUUUGUUACUAAUUUUGAUUCCUACACUAAUGUUUUUAAUUGAGUUUUCUAUAAAUCAACGGCCAACAGAUAUAAUUAAAGGAAUUUACGCCCUAACAUUAGUUUAUGCAAUGAACGGUAUAUUCACUAUAACUCUUAAACUUCUAGUUGGAAGGCCCAGACCCAAUUUUUUUAUGAGAUGCUUUCCAGACGGCUACGGAACCGACAUUAAUCAAUGUACCGGCGAUUAUAUAGGAUAUAUGGAUGGUCGAAAAAGUUUUCCAAGUGCCCAUUCGACCUUUGCCUUUUCCGGCAUGACAUUUAUGACGCUCAGAAUGUGUCGGAUCCUAAACAUAAAAGAUCCUGGACGGCAUAAAGGCUGGAAAUGUCUGAUGGUUUCUAUUCCGAUAAUUUUUGCCGUUUUAAUUGGUGUUAGUCGGACGUGCGAUUAUCAUCAUCAUUAUUCAGAUGUUUUAUUUGGAUCCAUAAUGGGUAUGGGCAUAUCCUACUGCGUUUAUUAUGCGUAUUAUUGGGCAGACGGUUUGACCAAUGAUGAAAUUAGGAAGUCUUUGGCUAACUUUUUCUAAUUUGAUGUUUUGUAAUAUAUAAACGGACGUUUUCGAUUAUUUACUAAUGUUUUACUCUGAAUUUUAACUAAUGGAUGAUGGACAAAGAUACCAAAACUAACCCAUAAAUUGGAUUGAAAAAUUUCCUUCUGUUAUCUGAUUAUUCAAUAGAAAUCAAGACUUCGAAGCCAGAAUCUCUAAUGAAGCUGAAUUGAAACUAUUAUUGUAGGUUUGUAAGUAGAGCAUAAAAAAUCGAAGCUGA